AUGUCGGGAAUGCACUCAACCUUCUCCAACUCCGUCACCGGCGACAACCGCCACAGCUAUGCCCUCCUCUCCGCCCUCCAACAGGGCUCCAGCGCAAGCAACAAUGCCGCCACCGGCUCGUCCUCCCGCCAGAAAGACGCCGACGCCGCCUCGGUCUCGAGCUUCGGCAGCUCCGUCUCCCUGCUCAAGGGCAAGUUCCACAACCACUCGAGCGCAGUGUCCUCCUCCGCCGGCUCAAAAAAGUCUUCGUCCCUCGUAGCUCGUCAACGGGCCGCUGAGGAUGCGGAGGCGCAGGUCUCCAAGGCGGAGUCUGCUGCUUGGGCUUCUUCGGCCCGCAAUGACUUGUAA